CUCCUACAGUGGCUGGCACUGGCCAGGAUGGGCAGGAACAAGCAGGGGGCAGCCCAGGGACGCACAGAGUCCUGUCCAUGGAUGCAACACUCACCCCGAGAGACCCCCGAGCUCCCGGCCAGUUUGGACACCCUGUUGCUGUCCCUGAUGAUAAACAAGAAGAAGCAAAAGGCAGAUGGAAAGAAGGAAACUUUAAUGUCUACCUCAGCGAUCUGAUCCCCGUGGAUCGAGCCAUCCCAGACACCAGGCCGGCCGGGUGCUCCGAGCAGCGGGUGCAGGACGACCUGCCGAGCACCAGCAUCAUCAUGUGCUUUGUGGACGAGGUGUGGUCGGCCCUGCUGCGCUCCGUGCACAGCGUGCUCGGCCGCUCGCCCCCGCACCUCGUCGAGGAGAUCAUCCUGGUGGACGACUGCAGCACCAAGGAGUACCUGAAGGAGCAGCUGGACGCGUACAUGUCGCGCUUCCCCAAGGUGAAGAUCCUGCGCCUCCGGGAGAGGCACGGGCUGAUCCGGGCCAGGCUGGCGGGAGCUGAGGUCGCCAGAGGUGCUGUGCUGACGUUCCUGGACUCGCACGUGGAGUGCAACGUGGGCUGGCUGGAGCCGCUGCUGCAGCGCGUGCGCCUGCGCCGCACCAAGGUGGCCUGCCCCGUCAUCGAGGUCAUCAGCGACAAGGACAUGAGUUACAUGACCGUGGACAACUUCCAGCGUGGGAUUUUUACUUGGCCAAUGAAUUUUGGAUGGAGGCAGAUUCCACAAGAGGUCAUUGAGAAAAAUAAGAUGAACGAAACUGAUAUAAUAAGGUGCCCCGUCAUGGCAGGCGGCCUGUUCUCCAUCGAUAAGAAGUAUUUUUCUGAGUUGGGAAUGUACGACCCAGGACUGGAUGUCUGGGGAGGGGAGAAUAUGGAGAUUUCAUUCAAGGUCUGGAUGUGCGGAGGAGAGAUCGAGAUAGUUCCGUGCUCCAGAGUCGGGCACAUUUUCAGGAACGACAAUCCUUACUCCUUCCCCAAAGACCGGGUGAGGACGGUGGAGAGGAACCUGGCGCGGGUGGCAGAGGUGUGGCUGGACGAGUACAAGGAGCUGUUCUACGGCCAUGCCCAGCACCUGCUGCGCAGCGCCGUGGAUGUCGGCGACCUGAGCCAGCAGACGCGGCUGCGGGAGAAGCUCGGCUGCAAAAGCUUCCGCUGGUACCUGGAGAACGUGUACCCGGACCUGGACGCUCCGCUGGUUAAAGCCAGUGGGCUGCUCGUUAACGUGGCCCUGGCGGGGUGCAUCGCUGUGGAAGGCACCAGCCUGGCGUUCGAGGAGUGUGACAUUAACAAGGCGAACCAGAAGUUCAACUACACGUGGCUGAGGCUGAUCCAGCACGGGGAGCUGUGCCUGGCCCCGGUGGGUGCCGUGGGAGCCGUGGGGCUGCGCCGCUGCCAGGGCAGGAGCCGCAGCCUGGCCUGGCUCCACAGGGCCCUGGCCAGCGCCCAGCCGGGGCUGACCGACCACCUGGUCUGGGAGCAGCGGCAGCUCCCGCAGCCCGCGUGCCUGGAGGUGCAUCCCUCGUACAGAGCGCUGCGCGUCAAGGGCUGUGACCCCAGCAGCCCUCACCAGAAGUGGCAGUUCAGCAGGUACCACGCGGACUGAGGGCAGCCCUGCACCAGGGCUGCCACGGCGUCACCGCGGGCUCAGGGGACGGCGGCGGGGCUGACCAAGGGGGAAGUGCAUUUCUGUGAUGUGGCACCUGCACGUGGAGGGAUCCGAACCCCCGGAGCAGCACGUCUGCAGGGCCUGAACAGAGCAGCGUCAUUUUCCCUCUCUGCAGGAGACUUUGGGAUAAACUCGUUUUCUGUAUUAUUAAAGGGAAAUAUUUUUUGAAGUCCCCAUCCUACUGUAAGCAGAUAUCCCUCAGCUGCCCCAAACAGCAGCAUAAGCUACAAAAAUACUUCCAGGGCCCUGUAAGUCUGUAAGCAGCAAAUUGGGCUGCUCAUUCCUCCACAGAAACUGGAAGUUUCUCGAUCAAUGCACCAAAAAAAUCCAGCACUGUGUCCUCGGGGAUCUGGCUGCAGGAUCCCUCCCUGUGGGACGUGCUGUGUGAAGGUGAGGAUCAGGGCUCUGAGGAAUCACUUGCACACCAAUGGAGCCCACAUUUCAUAGUGGGAGGUGGGAGUGGGUCAGCCCUUCCCUGGGCUGGGGACAGCGGGGACACACGUGCCCUGCUUGGCUUGGUGGGGACAGGAGCUGCUGGAGCAGGGAGCCAGGGGUUUAUCCUGCUGCACUCCAGGGCCAGCCUGGAAGCUUCUCUUCCCAGGGCAGCCAGGGUGUCCCACGCCGGGGCUGCCAGAAGCCCAGCCCUGUCCCCCAGCCCCUGUGGCUUUCUGGGGGCUCUCCAGGAGCCCUGCUGCUCCCUCAGCCCAGGCUGCACGGCACAGCCAGGCUCUGCACACCAGGCUCCCUCUGGACUCACUGUCACGGGCACUGUCAGUGUCUGUACUGUACAGUUCUUCAUCUCCAAGAUCCAGCCCCAGUCAGAGAUGGGAUGGAUUUGAUGGGAGGGUAAAUUCAGUGUGCCAAGGUUGUAGAUGCAGAGUAAACACCAGGCAGGGUUUCCAGCCCUGCUCCCACUGGGAAUUCCUGCUGGGGGAUGCUGCUCCCGGAACCCUGCGGGGCUGCACUGGGAGGCAGUGCUCUCCUCCUGCCCCACUGCCCUGUGCUGAGCUGAGGGGCUGCUCCAGGCAGCCCUUGGGAGCCUGGGCUCAGCGUGGCACCCCGUGCUCAGGUGGGCACAGCCGAGCCCCAGCCCUGCCCCACAGCCCUCCCUCUCCUCUGGGUGUGCACAGGGCCCUGGCACAACACUGCCUCUGACGUGGUGGAUCAGCGCUGACAGCAUCUGACAGGCUCAGUCUGCCAAAAUAUUGACUGGCCCAGCAGAUUUUCCCAGUUGACUCCCAUUCCAACUGUCUUCCUGAUUUUCCCUCCCUCCUUCAGCGCAGCUAGCCCGCAGUCACCAUCAGAAAAAUGACACAGACGUUGUUUGGGCAGUCAGCUCGUAUCAGGAGCAUGAAUUUCAUCAAACUCUGUUUGCUGACAUUCAAUCACUUGUCACCGAGCAGGCGGCAGGCAGUCAUAUGUCACGGUCACAUCCCAUCGCCAGCCCUGUCACUCGCGCGCCGCUGCCCCGCUCCUGUAAAUGCUCACUUCCCUGCUGGAUCUUUGCUCAGCGGCGGCGGGCUGCCUGGGGGCUGCUGGCAGUGAGCUGGUGCUCAGUUCGGAGCGCAUUCCCACGGCACCAGUCAGCCCAGUGUUCCAGAAAGGAGAGCAUUUUCCGGCAGCCCGUACCCCGGGCUGCAGCGGGGCCGGGGAGCGAGGCACCGGGGGAAACUGUGUGUGGGGUGGGGACAGCAGGCCCUGCUGCCCCCGGUGGUAAAAAAAAAAAUAAAUAAAAAUAAAUGAGAAUGGAUGGAGCUGCUUCCUGUGAGCACGGUGUGUUAAACCAAACCAGCCUGGUUCCUCUCCGGGGUUACUGCCAGGCUGGGCCCUGAAGCAUCGCCCCAGGAGGAGCCUUCAAAGCCCAGUUCCCCUGGGUCUGGCCUGUGGGCUCCUCGCUGGGUGCAGGGAGCCGAGCUGGCGCUGCAGCCUCACCUGCUGCGGGUGUGGUGACGA